UGUUGCAGCUAGCACCCGCGUGGACGUUGAGCUGGUGGAUCGUCGCCGCUGAUGCUGAUGCUGAUGCUGAUGCUGAUGCUGCCAGCGGCGCAAACUUUGUCAGAUGCUGGCUGCGCGACUUUGGCCGCCCCCGGCCUUCGAUGAUUGUGCUGCUCUGGGCUGCGGGCUUUGUGAUGGGAAUCGUUGAUACUUGCACAAAGUCAUUGUCGGCGCUGCUGGUGCGUCGCAUCCGGCUGCCUGUUGUCGUGUUCUCGUCAAACCUAUCACCCGCGCCACUCUUUGUCGUCGUCCUGGGAAACGCUGAUUGUGGUGACGACAAGCUCUGCGCAGAGUCGGAGCCGAAAGUCGGUUGAGUCGGAGCUGGGCUGCUUCUAUCGGACAUGCCUGUGCUCACGCGCGCGCGUCUGGUUUAAGUGUAAAAUAUAAAGGCUGUUGUUAAUCCUGCUCCUGUUUUUGGCUGGAAGAGCAGUUGAAUAAUUCCAAUUCGCUGUCGAUUAGAAGGAACGAAGGGAAUACAAACUCCGACUGGCAAUUCUGCGCUACUCUGCUCUAGGAUGCUGUGAUGAUUCUGUGAAAGCCGGUGUGCGUGUGCUUUGUAUGUGUCGUGUUGAAUUCAGUUCCAGUUUGGGCUAUUUGUCAUUCGAAAAUAUAUAAAUGUAUAAUAAAAAUAAAAAUAAACAUUGACAAGACGAAAAAGUCGUAAAUAAAA